GUUCGCUCGAGCGUCUCCAGGAUCCCUCAGUCAGAGAGGAGCAGCGGGAGAAGGAGACGUGGCCGGACGGCAGCAGCAGCGCAGACGUGGAAAAAAAAUAAGCGUUUCCUUUCCGCUAUGGCUGUGUUUAUCUCCUGUGGGUGAUCGUUCCUCCUCACGUUUUACCAGGUCUCCGGUCGGUCAUCGGCUCGUUUCGCCUGCCUGAGAGGAACCUGCCUGCCGAGAAAGGAUUAAGCAAGGAAUCUCCCACCUCUCCUCCGCGGGUUGCGAAUUCUUGGCCCCCGAACCAUGGGGAACCAGCUGACCGACAUCGCCCCCAACCCGUCGUUCCUGCCGAGCUUCCAGUGUGUGCACGUGGUUGUGAUUGGCCUGGAUUCGUCUGGGAAGACCUCGCUGCUCUACAGGCUCAAACUGAAGGAGUUUGUCAAAACGAUCCCCACCAAGGGCUUCAACAUGGAGAAGAUCAAGGCGGCGGUGGGGGCGUCGCGGGCCACAAACUUCCAGGUGUGGGACGUGGGGGGCCAGGAGAAGCUGCGGCCCCUCUGGAAGUCCUACACCCGGCGAACGGACGGCAUCAUGUUUGUCGUGGACUCCGCCGAGCCGGAGCGCUUGGAGGAGGCCAGGGUGGAGCUGCACAAGAUCACCCGCACCUCGGAGAACCAGGGGGUGCCGGUGCUGGUCCUGGCCAACAAACAGGACCUGGACUCGGCCCUGUCCGUCGGCGAGGUGGAGAAGCUGCUGUCGGUGCGCGAGCUGGGCGUCUACACGCCGUACCACGUGCAGGGCUGCAGCGCCGUGGACGGCCAGGGGCUCCAGACGGGCCUGGAGAAACUCUACGAGAUGAUCCUGAAGCGGAAGAAGACGGCGAAGCACAGUCGGAACAGAAAGAGAUGAACUCUCUCUCCGCUGAGGGAUUGUGGGGGCGUAACCCCGUCAGGAGAUCCUCUCGGUGUUGGGACACUUCCAGCCUUAAUGAGGCCCUGUUUUUUUUUUUUUUUGUUUUUUUUUUUUGCCCUGAAGGAGAGCGAUUUGUGCCAACAGAAUAACACCAAUUACAAACUGCCUUUAGGGGUCGGCAGAAACGGACUUGCUCACAACGCCGAAGCAGUAUUGACUUUCUCGGAGCGUAACGAUUUAACGUUGACAGCAGUUAGUCAUCACUAAGUGCUCGUUUAGGCCAUAUCUAAAGAAGAUUUCUAAUAGGAACUAACACAUUUACACACUGAAAUGGCAGGAGGAGAAAACCCUUGACCGGCUUUCACUCAAAGGCUGUUUUUUAUUCUCUAUUUAUUCUACGCUUCUGACUGCGUGCUGGACAGAGGAGGGAGAAGACUUAUUUUUUUUUUUUUUUUUAUUUCGUCAAUGCGACGUGAAACAGUGUUCUGUGGUUUCAGAGGAUGGGUAAUUCACUGGAAGAAAGCACAUUCCUGUCUUUAGCCCACGCAGAUGUUUCGUUUCAGUUGCUGGAUCUCGAGCGUUUCUACGAGUUGUACAUUUUUGUAAAUUUUGGAGACUGAAUAAAUCUAAGCACUGUAUGGAAA